AAAGCACCUGAAUUGGGGCACCAAUGGUCGGUUUGGUUUUAGUUACGCAUAUCCCACGGGUGCAAUCUCUCUAUGGACUGUGGUCUCUCUUGACUUGCCUGGUCGGUCGCACUGGCAUUAGCAUAAUGCAACCCUACCUUGGUUAUAUAUCUCCUAUUCCUCCGAUAAUUCAAAAGCUCCAAUGAGACCGCCUACAAUGAAACAACGGCGGCAGCAGAAAACUCCAUUGAUGAAAGCAGAAGAAGAAAGACUCCGAGGAGAAGAAGAAGCAGAAGAAGAAGAAGUACUGCGAGUAGAAGUAGACUCCUCUGACAUCUGCACCGCAUUACUCAAACGCUACCAGAAAUCUUCAGCACCUCAACACCGCCACCUCUGCGCUUCUGCUGCCGCCAUCCGCUCUAUCCUCCUCGAUGAAGGCCUCCCUCUCACCCCUCCCGCCUACUUCGCCGCCGCCAUUUCCUCAAUCCAGAACUCCCCUUCCCUCGAUCCUGAUGCUGCCUCGGCACUCUCUUCUUUCCUCUCUGUCCUUCUCCCUCUCGUCCCACGCCAGUCCCUUCCCCCGCACAAGGCCAACGACGCCGCUGCUGUUCUCGCCCAACUCCUGUGCGGGCUGCCGCCCGAAACAGUGUCCGCUGCGACUUUGAGGUCACUUGUCAAGUCUCUGGGGUUCGUGCUGCCACUCUGCAGCGUCGAUGAUUGGGAUACUGUUGAACUGCCUCUGAAGAUGCUUCUCGAGUUUUCUGUUGACAGGCGUCCCAAGGUUCGGAGAUGUGCCCAAGUGUGUAUUGAGAAGGUCUUUAUGUCUUUCGAAUCCACUGUUCGUAAGAGGGCAAGCAAAAUGGUAUGGUCUUUGUUCAAUCGUAACAUGCCUCUGGCAAUUGAACUGAGUGCAAUAAGAAUUGUUGACGGAUCAAAAAGCGAAUUACUGUCUCAACCGAAGCAUUUGGAGGUCCUCCAUAUGCUAAAUUCACUGAAACUUCUUUUCCCUUUUCUCUCAAAGAAAGUCACUAUUAAAUUGUUGCCAGAUUUAUAUAAGCUCUUGGGUUGCCAUUUCUCCCCACUCACGCGGCACAUUCUUGAUAUUCUUGGAGUACUUUUUGAAUUUUCAAGAGUAGACAUUCCUGUAUCAGAAGUCGAUAACAUUAUAGUUUCACUCGUAUCAUAUGUAUCUUGUGGUGGGAAGAAUCCAGUAGACACUGUUAUGUCUGCAUCAGCCUUGUUAAAAAGUGGCUUGGACAAACUUCAUGAAGUAGAACAGAGCGCAUGGAUUAGAAAUCUUCCUCUGGUAUUCAGUUCAGUUGCAGGUUUGCUACAGUCUGAGGCUAAUACUCCCACACAAGCUGUGGAGAUUUUGAAAGAGAUGAUCAAACACCAUAUUGAUAGUAUAGUUUUCCUGGCCAGUGCAAAUCAAUUAAAUAAUGGUGGAAUUAUGGGUUCUCCAGAAUCAACUACAAUGGAAUCUAUUUGUGAUGUAUUUGUGAAUAUGGUCAGUGCUUUUGGUGGCAUUCCCAAUGAGCACACCUUGGCGGUCAUUUCAGAUUUAUUUCUAAAACUUGGUGGAUUCUCCUAUUUAUUCAUGAAGGACAUUGUACUGAAACUUGCAGAUCAGGUGAUGGUUGUCGGCGAAGACAAGCCUGACAUGAAGCAUGUUGAAGAAUGCAUUGGAUCUGCAAUCAUUGCUAUGGGACCAGAGAAGAUACUUUCAUUGUUACCCAUAACAUUUCAUGUGAAAAAACUUAAUUGUUCAAACAUAUGGUUGAUACCUAUUUUCAAGAAAUAUGUUGUUGGAGCAUCAUUAGAAUUUUUUUUGGAGCAUAUUGUACCUCUUGCCAGAUCUAUUCAAAAAGCCUGUUCUGGAGUUAAAAGAUCACCCCUUAUCCGCAAUCUGCAGAAUUGUGCGCAUGACCUCUUCGACUUGCUACCUGCCUUCUGUCGCUAUCCAAUUGAUACUGCUCAUACUUUUGAGUCUUUAGUGAAACUUUUGGUGGUUCUUCUGAAGGACUCAUCUAUGCAUGAGACUGUUUCCUCAGCCUUGCAGGAACUUGUCAAUCAAAACAAAGCGAUAGUUCGGGCCAAUCAAGAUGCAAAAGAGAGUCCAAAUAAGUUGAGUGUGCUCAUCAUGAAAGAUGCUUACACAGAAUCUGGAAGUGUACCCUCCCAUUACUCAAAGAAAAUAGCUUCUAGAAAUAUCAGGGCCAUAGCAUCAAGUUCCAUGGAUUUGCUUCAGGCUCUCAUUGAUGCGUUCUUUAACUCCCCUUCUGAGAAGCGUGCACAUUUGAAGGAGGCAAUUGGAUGUUUGGCUUCCAUCACUGAGAGGUCAAAUGUCAAAAACCUUUUCCUCUCAUUGGUGGAGAAAUUUAAUUCCAUGAAUAGUCCAGCUGAGCUUGAGAAGUUGGAGAGUAAUAUUCAGACAUCUAUUGACGUGGAGCAGGGACGGACAACAAAGGAACAUGAGAAAGAUGAAAUACAUAGAUGUUUGAUGAUAGAACUUGCGUCCUCUCUCGUUGAGGGAGCUGAUGAGGAUUUCAUCAAUAUAGUUUUUGAUUAUAUUAGGCCUUCUUUGCAGGCUAAUGGUGAAAUUGGUCAGUCUGAAGCAUAUUAUACUUUGAGCAAAAUUUUCAAGGAGCAUUCUUGGUUUCAUUCUGCUCGGUUUGAUGAGUUAAUGGACUUAUUGCUUGGUCUAAAGUCACCUGUUGAUGUUAUGCUUCUGAGAAGACGCUUCACAUGUUUCCAUUUUUUAUUGGUUCAUCUGUUAGAGAGUGACAUGGGGAAGACACAUGCAAAAGCUUUUCUGAUUCUCAAUGAAAUCAUACUCACGUUAAAGGAUUCUAAGAAAGAAACUAGAAGAACAGCUUAUGAUAUACUUCUCAUGAUAAGUUGCAGCUUGAAGAGCUCAUCAACUGCUAGCACAGAUGCACCUCUUCUGCGACUGUUUAGUAUGAUAAUAGGCUAUCUUUCUGGUGCGUCACCUCACAUAAUGAGUGGAGCUGUUGCUGCACUUUCAUUGCUGAUAUAUAAGGACCCUAGUUUAUGCUUUACUGCACCGGAUUUGAUGCCAUCUGUUUUAAUUUUGCUGAAAAGUAAAGCCAAUGAAGUUAUCAAAGCAGUUUUGGGCUUCAUGAAAGUCUUGGUAUCCUGUUUACACACAAAAGAUCUGCAGGAAAUCCUGUCUGAUAUUGUCAAUGGAGUUAUCCCAUGGUCGUCUGUAUCGAAACAUCAUUUCAGAUCAAAGGUCAGGAUCAUACUGGAAAUCGUGACGCGUAAGUGUGGUUUUAACUCAGUUGAGUUAGUUACACCAGAGAAGUACAAGGGCUUCAUCAAAACUAUUGCACAGCAAUGGAAGAACAAGACAAGUUCCAUUGGAGCUGGUGAUUCUGAUGAGGCACUGAAACUUGCAGAAUCAAUGCCAAAAGGGAGGCAAAAGAGGAUGCGUGAAGAGUCAGCUAUUCCAAGGGAGAAAACAAGUUCUGGGGCUUCGGGUACCACACGGAAAGAGAAGGGAUGGAAAAAGCUUAAAACAAGUGUUUCCAGCACUAAGGAGCGCAGCAAGGGUACUAGGAAUCGUACUGACAGUCAAUGGAGGAACAAAACAGAGCGUUCUUAUUCAGAGAAAAGAAAUAUACGGAGGGACUUUGAUGAAAAGCUACAAAGUGAGGAUAAGGGAAUGAACAGGCAGUGGAGAAAAGAUGGUAAGAGAGAUAAGAAUAAAGCAACAUCUUUCAAAGCUACGGCAUCUUCCAAGUCUCACAAGCAUAGAAGGGUUACAGUGAAGCCACAUCAAAGAGUAAGGUGAGGAUAUUGUCUGAUGAUCCGUACCUCUGGAAGAGAAUGACUCUAGAUGGCGGCGUGGGACAUCUUAUUGUAGACCUCAGUUCUCUAUGAACAAUAGGUUGGUUCUAUGGGAGGGCCAUUAUGUGGAAGAUCAUCCUAAUACGAAUCCUCUACAUCCCGUGGUGCCAUAAAUGCAGCCAAAAGCAGUUAAAGAAAUUUGGCAUCUUGAAGUGUCAACAUCCUCGAAGCCAUCCUCGUCACGCGAUCUCCUCCAAAAAUAACAGACUUAAUUUAAUUAGUCUUAGACAGGCAUUCGUUUUUCAUGAGAAUGCCGGCAAUGCCCCAGUUUUGUUUGUCAGAAAUGCUUCAUUGAGCAGUGGAAAUUAGAGGGAGAAAGGGUGUACACCAAUCCUUUUCCGCAUUUCGUGGAUUUGAUGUUGUAGUUGAUAACCAGUGUUUAAUAUUGAGCGAUGAUGAUUAUACCCCACACCAGAUAUCUCAUAGGAUCAGGUGAGCAUGCAUACUCUUGCAUCAAGCCUAGUGCCGUCUUGGCCAAGGUAAGCAUAUAAAUGUUGCUCAUUUCAUUAGAAAUGAUAGGUGGAAUUUUCA